AGAGAGAGAGAGGUGAUCAGAAUGCGAGGCACAUAGCGGCGGCUGCAUCGUCAGUCUGCGCGCAGAAGCGCAAAGCGAGCACACACACAAACGCGCGCGCGCAUACACGCACACACACACUUAUUCACUAUUACAGUCACAUCGCUGUUUCUCAGUGUUCUCCUCUCCGUGUUUUUCCCUCUCUCAGUGCUGUGUAUGCGGGGGUUCUGGAGCAUGACCACAGCACAGCUCUAGACACUGCAAUACCUGCACUGCUCAACUCACCAAGUUUCCAGGCGCAGGAUUUUGAAUUUAUUAUUAUUAUUUUUUUGCAUCUCUCGUCGAUUUAUUCUACGCAUCUCAAAAGAUACCACCAAAGAAAGAGACUGAGAAAGGUGAUCUACCAGCCUGAGAAUAUUCACCAGCCUCAUCUCUCUGUGCAUCGCGAUGAUUCCAAGAUGAUUUGAAAGAACACAGCAAUAUUCCUGCGAGCCUCUUUGCCAUCCUCACUUCCCUGAUCCUCAGUGCAGAAGAUUUCACAACACCAUCCUUGAAUAAAAUGGCUGCCCGUGUGAAAAACUGCUUGUAUAUGCUCUUGGCAUUUACUCUCCUUCCUCUGAUCUUAAGCAUGCACCCAGGCUGUGUCAUCCAGCUAGAAAAAGAAAAAUGUAUGGAGAGGAUGGCCUUGGAUGACCCUGGCAGUGACCCUGAAUAUGUGUGUCGCUGGAUGUGGGACAAUCUGACAUGCUGGCAGCCGGCGAGAAUAGGUGAUGUAGUGUGGAUGCCCUGCCCUGAGCUCUUUGAGGUCAUGAAUGAAGAAUAUGAAGAGUUUGGGAAAAUGAGCCGGAACUGUACCGAGGAAGGCUGGUCAGAGAUAUACCCUCAUUACUUCGAUGUGUGUCCUUUUGAUGACAAUAGAACGAGCUCUAUGGACAAGUACUAUGUGUCUGUGAAAGCUCUGUACACAGUGGGUUACAGCACAUCCCUGGUGUCUCUCACCUCUGCCAUGGUGAUCCUCUGCUGGUUCAGGAAGCUCCACUGCACCAGGAACUUCAUCCACAUGAAUCUCUUUGUGUCUUUUAUCCUGAGAGCCAUCUCAGUUUUCAUUAAAGAUGGAGUUCUGUAUGCUGAGGAGGACAGCAGCCACUGCUUUAUACAUACCGUGGAAUGUAAGGCAGUGCUGGUGUUUUUUCACUACUGUGUUUUAUCAAACUACUUCUGGCUCUUCAUUGAGGGACUGUACCUCUUUACCCUGCUGGUGGAGACCUUCUUCCCUGAGAGGAGAUACUUCUACUGGUACACCAUCAUCGGCUGGGGAACCCCAACAGUGUGUGUGACAGUCUGGGCAAUGCUCCGUGUCCAUUUUGAUAACAUUGGAUGUUGGGACAUAAACAACAAUGCUGCCAUCUGGUGGGUGAUAAAGGGACCUGUGCUUGCUUCCAUUAUGAUCAACUUUGUCCUCUUUAUCGGCAUCAUCAUAAUCCUUGUCCAGAAGUUGCAAUCUCCUGAUAUAGGAGGCAAUGAAUCUAGCAUUUACUUGCGCCUCGCUCGCUCCACUCUCUUGCUCAUCCCUCUCUUUGGUAUCCACUACACUGUGUUUGCUUUCACUCCUGAGGAUGUCAGUAAGAAAGAACGGCUCGUGUUUGAACUGGGUCUUGGUUCUUUCCAGGGCUUUGUGGUUGCUGUGCUUUACUGCUUCCUCAAUGGAGAGGUGCAGUCGGAGGUGAAGAGGAAGUGGAGGAGCUGGACGGUGAACCGUUACUUUGCAGUGGACAUGAAGCACAGGCACCCGUCGUUGGCGAGCAGCGGUGUAAAUGGAGGCACACAGCUCUCCAUCCUCAGCAAAAGCAGCUCGCAGAUCCGCAUGUCCAGCCUGCAGGCCGAGACUCCAGCCACAUGAGCUGCAGUCUCUCAGAUCCGCAGACACACACUGAACUCCUCACACUUAGCGCUAUAGUAGUCCAGCUUCACCUCAGAGACUUGCAUUGUGUGGGGCAAACUGCUGCUGGAGGCCAUUCAUCAGAGCAAUCUGCUCCUGAACACACAAUAUUUCAACACCUUUAAUGAUCACAUGGUCAAGGAGACACAACUUGGCUCGUCCUUUAUACAAAGGAUGGGAUUUUCUCGAGCCAGGAAAAUCUCUUUGGCGUUGUUGUGCCAAACGAAAGAAAUAUUUCCCAUCUAUUAAUUGUGAUGAUCUUCAACACAAAGGCUAAAUAUUAUAAAUAUGACCUGCCAUAGAACGCUCACCAGUUUUGAUAAUCAAGAAAAAUGUGAACUGUUCCCUCGGACAGAGAGGAAUGGUUUUGUCCAUGAUCCAUGAGCAAAAAAAAAACAUGGAUGAUACAAAGGGAAACACUCUGUCAUUAGACCAUUAUUUCAACACUGAAAUGUUAACACUGAAUCUAUUUGAUUUAAUACACUAGAGGUACAAGAGCUACUAAUCUGCCAAAAGUAUUUUAUUUAGAACUUGUUCAGUCUUUUUCUGAACUUCUUUCUCCAUGUGCUGGUAAAUAUGGUCUUUGACUUGCUCAAAGAUCAUGCUGUGGUCUCCCUACAAGUGUGAAUAAUCAUUAUAUUGUACUUCAGUAACAUUUAUGAAUAGAACGGAAGAAAAAAACAAAACAGAACCAAUAGCUGAGAGGUUUCAUGCUAUUUGUUCCAUUUAUUGACGCUGAUAGAUGUGAGGAACGAUUCAGUGUAAUGUUCUCUUACAGCACACAGAGGACAUACUCACGUGCAUCCUUGGGAUAUUCGUCUGAUGAGGUAGAGAACGAGCAUGUUAAAGCUUUGUUUUUUAACUGCAGCUUGACUAUCAGUUUAGAACUGUGAAUGUAUAUGGUUAGUCAAUUUGGGACCAUUUUUGUUAACAGAAAAGUCGGAUAAAAAUCUCUGACCUCUUACUAUUUUAGAUGAAACAAACGCAAAACUAAUACCUGCAAACUAAAACCAAUACAUUAAAAUAAUUGAACAUGUACAGUUGUGAUUUUGUGAGUGGAUGCCUCUGGUAUUUUAUUUUUUAUUUUAUUUUUUAGAAAUUUUCUAAACAGCCGUUAGUACUGAAAAUGUCACUACAGCAAACAACAAGCAAAGCACCUCAUGAAUUUUCUAUAACUUGUUCAGCUCAUUCUUGUUGUUGGCAUGAUUUUUUUUUAAUUUUUUUUUUAUUUCCAUAAAUGGUUCAAGAGUAAGAUCAUGAUAUUGUAAAUAUGUAGUCUUAUUCAGCUUCAUAAAUACAAAGUGAAUAUUUUAGGCGUAUUUUUUAGAAACAUCAUCAUUUUUUUUUUAACAGUAAUAUCUGGUUUUUGAAUCACGAUAAAUAAAUCUUUAUCAUUUUACCCAAAAUAUAAUAAGCAGAAUCAGUGUAUCACGUGGCACUUUUGGUACUCCAAAGAUCAGUAUUUAGAUAUUUGACUUUAUACAGCUGGUAUUGCCGAACUUGUCUGCAAAAAGCUGUGGAAGCUUUUGCGGCUGAUGUCAAUUCAGAUCUCCUCAAACGGGGAUACUGAGAAAGAUGUUCUUUAACAGUGAUGCUCAGAACGUUUAUCAUGAAAGUGCCUUCUUGCACAAAAGUAAGAAUACAUUGAACAUUUAAAAAAAAAAAAAGAUAGAUAAGAUAAUCCAAUAUUAUUCAACUGCAAAUGCAUGAAGCUGUGUGACUCUGGGGAAGUGCUUUUAUUGUACAUAAGUAUGUCUGUGUCAAAAAACCAAGAGGCCUUCAGAAAAUGUCGUUUUGAUUUUAUUUCUCAGCCUUCAAUUUUGACCUCUUCAGAUAUUUCCUUUGGACCCCAAAAAUGUGUGUUUUUAAUUGAAUCGUAGCUGUCUUCGAUAUUUCCAAACUGAAUCACAACAUUAAAAAAAUGUUUUUAUUUUUAUUUCUUUUUUUUUAUUUGCUUUUGUAAUGCCAGACCCUCGUGUGUUACAGUACUUUUAGCCUCCUUUCAAUGUUAGAUCACAGUGUAAUGCCUUGUUUGCGAACAGAAACUGCAAAAAGACAGAAUAUGUGUUUCAACAGGAGGAGAAACACAAAUAAAGCCUACACUCUUUUUUUUUAUUAUUAUUAUUUUUAAGAAAAUUGCCAUUUCUGUAUUUCUGUAUACAUUUACAGUAUAGAAGGUGGCUUAAUGUUUUUGUUGUCAGCAUUAGUAAAACAUUGAUGUGUUGUGAAUCUAGCUCGGUUCAGCACUUACCUAUGUGUUUAGAAUGGAAACUACAGCUGACAUGUCGUCUUUAAAGGCAACAGUUUCUACUGGUAUUAGUUGUAAACUCUUGUGGUGUUGUGCAGGACUAGAAGACUAAGUGUAGUCUCUGUGGCCUUUCCAGAACUGAACGCAGCUUCAUCGAUCAAAUCAGUGCCAAAAUGGACGCUAUUAUUAUUAUUAUUAUUUGACAUCGUGGAUCAGUCACAAGAGGAGUGUUACAUUACAUUUUAAGCAAUAUGCCGUUCUAUUUUAAGGGCAAGUCUCCUUAGUUAUGCUAUGUUCAGAUAUGAGGUUGUGCCACAGGUAACUAUUCGCUCUUGGUGUUGAUUUGUCCUUUCAGUACAUAAGAACCUGCUGUUUUAGAAAAGUAGUUAUAGUAUCAGUGUUAAUGAGAAGUGUACCGUAGCGGACGUGUACUCUGAAUUGUUGCAUCUGUAACAUGCACUAUCGAGUAUUAUGCUUCUGGAGCUGUAUCUAAUACGUGUUCAACAUGGGUAGUUGUUUGAUUUUUUUCUUUUUCUUUUUCUUAAAGAUGGUGUUUGCUAUGUAUAGCCUGUGUUAUUGCUGCCUGUAAUCGUGAAACAGAUGCAUGUGUAUUCUGUGAUUCGAUGGUUUCUUCCCAAACUGGGUGUGUUCGAUGUCCGUGCCAGCUGAAAACGAAGCUGUCACAUUACAAUCCGCAAGCAAUUAGUGCUUAGUUGGAUACGACUGCUGCAAACAGUUCUGCUCACAGCCAGCGCUGAUGUCUUUUCGUGUUACUGUCAGACAAGAACUUACCUUUUCACUGCAAAAUCUCUGUGGCUGUAAGCUUUUUAGCCUUUUGUCUGCAGGAAUCUCACACACGCACACUUAGCGUUAGCAUUUCACUUAUUACUGAGCGCAGGAUUGAAUGUGCGUCGCUAGGUAAUGAAGCUGAUCGUAUAAUAAAACGAUGUUGUGUGUGCGAAGACAGUUCAAAUCUAUUGUCAUAUUCAACAAUACCAAGUCGUUUAAAACCUGUUAAAUAAGAGGCGAUAUUAGAGAAAAUGCCAUAUUAUCAGCAAAAAAAUGGCAUAAUUCUUUUUUUUUUUUUCCAUUUUAAUUGACAUUGACAAAACAUUUCACAUCUAUUACCGGAAUACAGAAACACUUCCUGAAUCAGCUCGGUUUUCCAGACGACAGUGACUGAACAAUAAUUACUGAAUGUGAAUGCAUGACAAAACCCACAGUUGAUAUCCGUGUUGCUUUUGUGAUGGAACGUUUAGCUUUUUUUUUCUUUCUUUCUUUCAUUUUAUGUCACAUCUGCUAUAUAAUAACGUCCUUUAGUUUUGUAUACUAUGACUUGCAAUAAAUGUCUCUAAAAGUG